CUCAUCUACUUUGACAAGAACGUUAUCGAGAGGGGCCCUCAGAUCGUCCCUGUUCUCUCCAAAUCUGCCGUCCUUUACUUGUCGGUUCGUCAUCUGGGCCCCGGCCAACUGGGUCCCCCAAGGCAUCCACUUUUAUUGCUCCAGCAUCCCAUUGCCUUCUUGUUGAGAACUCCCUUUGCGUCAUACUGUCGCCGACCGGUUCAAGACCAGACCUCAGACCUCGCCUUCGCUCAUCUCCUCCACAUUUAUAUUAUUAGCUUCUUCUCCCAAAAGCCUUCACGAUGUUUUCUACAACUCGCCGCAGAGUCUUGGAUGGGUUGAAUAGGAGAUAUAUCUACGGUCGCUUGCCUCUACUUCAUACCAUUAUUUUUAUGAUCGAGAUGGCGGCAACUGCCCGGUUGGCAGCAAAAUUCAACUCCUAUUAUGCAGAGAAACCGGUCCUUACAACUAUGGUCACCAAUGCGAUUCUUGGUGGAGUUGCGGACACUGUUGCCCAAUUAAUCACAGCGUUCAGAGCACGAACAGGAGUGCGACGUGGUGAUGAUUUUAUUGCAAUUGAAAUUCAUGAUCUAGAGAAGGAAAAGCCCCCCGCCGUGGGAGAAUUGGGUCAUGCGAAGCACACGCCUCCUCCUUUUGACUUUGAACGGUUGAUUCGGUUCAUGUCUUAUGGUUUCUUCAUGGCUCCCAUCCAGUUUCAAUGGUUUGGCUUCCUCUCGAGGACAUUUCCACUGGCCAAGAAGAACCCGACAUUCUCUGCUUUGAAGCGGGUGGCCUGCGACCAGCUUCUGUUUGCUCCUUUCGGAUUGGUCUGCUUCUUCUCUUAUAUGACGAUUGCUGAAGGUGGUGGUAAACGAGCCUUAACCCGCAAGUUCCAGGAUGUGUACUUGCCCACUCUCAAGGCCAACUUUGUCCUCUGGCCUGCGGUCCAAGUUCUGAACUUCCGAGUCGUUCCCAUUCAAUUCCAAAUUCCAUUCGUUUCCUCGGUUGGUAUUGCUUGGACUGCAUACCUCUCGCUUACAAACUCUGCUGAAGAAGAAUAAAUUGGUGGGUAUAGACACAAAUAUGACCAUCGCCGCUCAUUGUACUACGGUCACCCUCAAGGCAAUCAAAGCCAAUCAACACUAGAUUGGUACACUAUGGCGACUACCUGGCUUCUUUCGUGAAAAGUGGCUGUGGGUAUUGACCCAAUUGACUUCCUUGAAACAUGGGUACGAAACAUCACUGGUUGAUCCUAUCGGCCCUCUGCAUUAUUGUCUUAUCCGCUAUUCCUGGUGUUUUUGUUGUCUUACUACUUUUUGUGUCGUUGAAAUUCUUACUAGGCGUUGUGAAUCUGGAUCGGAUCAUGCUAUUUUGAGGUGUAAUGCAUGGGUCAAAUUUUCUCGAGUUUCAAACGAGGCAGAAGAGAGAUGCAGAU